GGUGAUUUAUCAAGAUAGAAAGGUCUGAAAUAACUCUUAAAUGCAAUAAGACUUAAUAUUAAUUGAUCGUGGCAUGCAUCACCAGUCUAAUCUUGCCAUUCUCAAAGGAAGUUACCAGUUGUAACUUGGUUGCCGGCAUUCUCGAUCAAUUACAUCAUACAUACAAAGUGUUGGGCGAAGAAAUCUUGUCGUUCACCUAUUAAUACUGGCAUUGGUUUGAUUCAAACUACAUGUAUGAUAUCGCCUACACAAAAAUGAUCCACAAAAGACUACUUGGUUGCCAUUAUCGCGUUAAAGUCUUGAAUACUUUCAAGGACAGAAAUCUGUCACAUAACGCUCACGGGGCAGAAUGUCUGAACUCCGAGGAAUGACAGAUUUGGCAACUUGUGUAGGAUUUACUGUUGUGGCAUAUCCUUAUCUGAGUGCAUCAAAACUUGCCAAUGCUGAGUACAAAACACGAAUGCAGGAUUAUUAUAGAAGUGGUAGAAUGUUAGUGAAACUUGCUGAAGCAAUUGGUAGACUUGUUUUAGCAGGGAGAGAAUUGACAAGACUAGCUGGGUUCACUUCUAGAGUUCAGGAGCUUAUUACUGUCCUGAGUGACCUGAAUGCAGGAACAUAUCAACGAACGAUGUUAGACAACAAACUUCGAAAUGGUGCUGUGAGUAAGCCCUUGAUUGCAAAUUCAGGCAAAGUCAUAUGCGAAGAUAAUGUUAUCCGGUUUGAGAAGGUUCCAUUGGUUACUCCGAAUGGAGAUGUGCUGGUAAAGGAACUAAACUUCGAGGUCCAUGCUGGGCAGAAUGUUUUAGUAUGUGGGCCUAAUGGUUGUGGAAAAUCUUCACUCUUUAGGAUUCUAGGAGGGCUUUGGCCAGUAUUUGGAGGAAGUUUGACAAAGCCAAGUGCUGGUAAGCUGUUUUAUAUUCCACAAAGACCAUACAUGACUUUGGGAACUCUACGAGAUCAGGUCAUCUAUCCUGACUCUACAUCUGACAUGGCAGCAUGUGGAUUCACAGAUGAUAGUUUGAGAGAACUCCUCUCUCAUGUGCAGCUAGAGUACAUCCUUGAAAGGGAGAAAGGAUGGGAUGCAGUAGCUGACUGGAUGGAUGUACUGUCUGGUGGAGAAAAGCAGAGGAUAGCGAUGGCAAGAGUAUUUUACCAUAAACCUCAGUUUGCCAUUCUUGAUGAAUGCACCAGUGCUGUUAGUGUUGAUGUAGAAGACAAUAUGUAUCAGUAUUGCCGUGAGGUUGGAAUCACUUUGUUCACAGUAUCACACAGGAAAAGUUUAUGGAAACACCAUGAGUAUUACCUUCAGAUGGAUGGUAGAGGAUCAUUUGAAUUCAAGCCAAUUCAAGCAGAUACUCUGGAAUUUGGAUCUUGAAGGCAUUGGAGUUCAUAGCUGACUGUUUAAAAAAAAUUGUUUAUAGAGGCACAUUAUUUUUUUUAUUAAGAGGAAUGUGGUUGUUGAUAAUUGUUGUCUUUAUGUUAUCAACAUAUUUGUACUGUCAUAAUUAUUGCUUAAGAACAAACAACCUCGUAAAAAUUGUGGUUUUUAGUAGAGUUGUUUUCUAAAGCUGUGAUAUAAUUUUUUUUUUAUUUUAUCCCAAAUUUUGAAAAUUUUGUGUAUAUAUGUUAGUCUUGUGUUGAGUUAUUUAUUCACACUUUUUUUUAUUAAUAAGUUAAUAAAAAUUAUAAAAAUGAAAAUUGUCAACUUGGUGAGCAUGUUAAGGUUUCAAUAUGAGUUUCAACCAUUUGUUGUAUACUAGUACCCAUUUCUAGUUUUAUUGGGAAAGCAUUUUAUUUAUUUUCUGAUAUUCAGUGUAUGUAAAACUCAUAUUGUCAUAAGUAAUGUUUAAAUUUUAAGUUCAUGCCAUUUUCAAGCGGUUAAGAAAUUGUGCAUUACAGUUUAGGAAAGUGUAUGUAUGUGACAAUGGUGAGAAAUGAGCGAGUCUAAUUUUAAUUAGUAUAUUGGGUUAAUACAGUACCAUGUUUGUGGCACUGGUGAAAAACUAGUUUAUUGUAAUUAUAUUAGGUUAAUAUUUUGCAUGUAAACUUCAAGGGUUAUGGACAUAUAAAUCUUAUGAGCAAUUUUUUUUUAUUUUCAUUUCUUAGCACUCAGCUUAACAAUGUUUGAAACUUGGUGUACAUGACAGAUGACAGCUACAUGUAAAUCAGAUGUUGCUUAAGUUUUGAAAUGGCACAAGCUCUUCUGUAGCUCUAGAAACCAAACCAUGACCUCAUUAUACAGAGGUUAGCAUGGUUAGUUAUUAGAUGUAUAACUAGAUGAUUUAACCUAAAUAGACUUUUCAUUUUUUCUUUGUACUUGGAUGCCCAGUAGCUGUUCAUUUUAAAUGGAACACUGUAGGAACAGAACACCAUUACAUACUUAUUCAUUUUUCUAGCAAGUUUUAGUUUUUUCUGUCAUGUUUUCAUGUCUUUUGGAAUAUUGUAAAUUAAAUCAGUCUGUCUGAAUGAUAUCAGGGCUUAAUAUGCAUAUGUAUACUUUUUCCAUAAUUUCAAGUUGAAAGCACACAUGAAAACUAAAGCAGUUUAACUUGGUGUUCCAAGUAUAAAGCACAUUACUCAUAAAGUUAGGUUUCUGGGGAAAAUGUAAUUGUGUUUGAUUAUCAUAGGUUUAUUUUCACAGAUUUUAAAUUGCUUUUAAUUACUAUUUAUUAUAAGAGUAGCAUUUUUAAAAGGCUAUUAGUUUCUAGCUUGUACAAUUGGCUUAGAUGCAUACAGGUUUUCAGAAGAACUACUUUUGUUUUCAAGGCUUUCUUCAAGUAUGGCUGAUAUGUCUUUUGUUCAUUAUCAGUAUAAUUUCUUCUAUAGGAUUACAUUGUUAACAUUUCUCACUUUGUAAAUUUUUUUCCAAGCAAACAUAUCAUGGCUAAUUUAGGAACACUUUGGAGAUUUGUUAUUGCUUCAUAUUACAAAUUACAAAUUUUACAAGUUUUGAAGUGAUAGUUGCCUUAUAUAAGAGGCAUUAAUGGCUUUAGAAGUUGUCAUGUGUCACUAUAAGAUGUACUUCAUUGUUUUCGUAUAUUUUGAAUUAUGUGUUUAUUUAAUCAUGUUAAACAGUAUGGUAUCUUUGAAGAAGUGGUCAUUUGUGAAAGAGGAAUAUUUUGUUUUCGUUACUGACAUCAAGUGUCGUAUUUGUUCACAUUUUUAUUUAAAUUGCUAAUAAAACUAUUUUAUAAAUAUAUGAUAGUUAUUAUUAAAUUUAUAUGAUUUACUCCAUGAAUUAUAAGUAGCCAUAUUCCAUGUAAUGAGAUCCAAAUUUCACAAAUUUGAGGAGUCGCAAGAGAAACUCACUGAACCUUUGAACACUAAAGGAAGGAUGGAUACACGCAAGAACUACGUACUUUGGAAAUAGUAACAAAAAGGGUGAAAGGCCCAAAACCAAGAACUCUGUCAAGCUCAGGAAACAGUACAGUAUACAUCCAAAUAUUUAGAAAUUACACAAAGAAUGAAAAUUAUGGCAGUCUGGCAGAAGUUACAGAAGAGAAAUGGUUAAUAACAGAUGGUGGACUGCAGACCACAGGAGUUUUGGAACCUUUCCUCUUUCCAUCCAAGUUUGUGCAACUUGUAUCUCUUCACAUGGAAUAAGGCUAAUACAUAAUGGGUAAUGCAGUUAGUGUAACAAACUGUUGUUUAACUGGACCAUCGAGUCACCAUUUGUAACUCAUAAGGCUGGCCCAAGUGGUCUGUUUUCAGGAAGUUAGUUUUCAUUUUACGAAUCAAAGGAGUUUAGUAAACUUAGAAACUGGAUAAAAUGCAAAUGAAGAUUAUGAACAAGUUUCCGAAGGGAACUUGUUUUCAUAACCUUAUAUUAGACACUGCUUACAGUAAUAAUUGUAUUUAAAUAAAGGGUAUGCCACUGUUUUAUGUUAGCAUUAAAAUCCAUCAUUGCUCCAUAAGACUGGUAUCUAUUACAAUCUAGAUUGGAUAAUGUUACAACUGUUAAUUACCAUCAGUUAUUUAUUAAGCAGGUUUUUUAAGUGCUACCCUGUUGUUUUGGCCUGCUUGUCAAGUAAAAGAAUUAUUGGAAAGUUGUCUCUUGCCUCCUGUUAACUUGCAUGAAAAGUAUGGUAGUGGGAGAAAGAAUAAAGACAUUUGGGAGAAUCUGAAAGGUUGUGCUUGGUGCUAAAGGUAUCUGGAACUAGCUUUUCUUUUUCAUAAAAAGGCAGUUAAGGUUGACCUCUUACAAUUGGUUUAGUGGAAAGAGAAUUAUUAUAAAGUCUGGGUGAUCAAUGAAGCAAUCUUACAGCACUACAUCUACAAAACUGAAUCACACUUACCAGUACAAGUUUAUCUUAACCUGGCAGAGAAGUUUGUUGAUGUAGUUCAUGGCAUUGUGCUUUUGAUCACUGAUUUAAAUGUUAAAAGGUAAUAAUAUUACAGUUUGUGUGGUUGGUUUGUCUGUUAGAAACUUUAACUUUUAGACUAGCACAAGAAACCAGGGAAACAACAUACCUGAUAAUCUAACUUACCAUCUAUGACUUGUUUAUCAUCAAGAUGAAAAAAUAGCAGAAUGAAUUUUAGUAAUUUGUCAAGCCACUGAGCCUUUUAUGAUUUACUGUAAAAUAUGCUAAAGGGGUAUUACCCUUUAACCCUGCUCAAUUGCCAUGUCCUAUAUUGCAACACAUUUCAGCCAUUAUAUAGGAAAAAAAAUUGUUUGCUAGUACUUCCAGUUGGUAACAUGUUAGCCUUGUAAUCUUGGGGAUCAGUGUUCGCUUCCCGUCAAGGGGCAAAUAGUGAGACUGUUUACCAGAUGGUUAUAGCCAUGAAUGAUGUCAUGGUGGGGGUUGGGGUUACCUGGCUGAUGUCAGCCCAAGAGGCAAUAGCCCUGAAACCACCAAAAUUUAACUUUAUGAGAGACUGGAAGUGUGACUUGGUGGUCAGGUUUAAGUACUUUACUAAAGUCUCAGAGACUUGUCAGAAAUGUUCUGAGGACUACCUAAAAGAUAUGGUUCGUGCACCGAGCUUAUUUCCAAUACUCUGUACAUGUAUGUCAUAAUUUAAUAUUUAACUUUAUGCAAUGCUUUCCUGUGUAUAAACACUGCCUAUCAUUAACAUAGUUUCAAGUAUAUUACAGUACAGUAAGUACAAGCAAAGAAGAGAUGAAUGAAUCUACCCGAGCUACAUGGCCAUACUCCACUUAAUAUUCGAUUCACGUUUGGCAGAAACUAAUUUUGAUUGAUUCUUCUAAGCUUCAUAAAGACUGAAAUGGCCCGCAUCAUGUUUUUCGUAUAAUACUGAAAGGAGUAGCAAUUUUCUCUUAUUUACUUGGGAUCUGUCUUUGCAAUAGAUGGUACUGAAAUGUAUAUUGCAUAGAAUUAGGGCACUUGUUCAUAGUGCUGAAUUAUAAUUGUGAUAUGAUGAUCAUUAUUGAUAUUAAAUUUAUCUGGAUUUUGUAUGACUUACUUUAUAGUUAUUGAAGCACAUUUGACAUUCCGCAUGUAACUAAAAUGAGUGCAUUUACCAACAUUGCUCAAGUCUUUUUAUAUAGGCUAUUUAUUUAGUGAAUGCUUAUAUUUUCCUUAAAUAUUUUUUUUUUUUGAAACUUGGUGAAAAUUUGUAUGAGAUAAUUUAAAAAUUAUGAUAGACCACAUUAAACUAUAAAACAAUUGUCUUCAGUCAAACUAGGGGAUCUAAAUAGAACCAUACCAAGAAAUUUUGUUGCCAUUGCUGUAUGCUGUUUCAACUGUAUAUUUUCUGUAGUGGUAUGUGAUAUUUAUAUAAUUUGUUAAGUAGGAUACCCAUGGAAAUUUCUUUGUGCAGUGUAUAAUAAUUUAACUGGUCUGAUUAUCGUAAUGUCUAUUGCACAAUACCAAGAACUCUUUCCAGAAACUUUAUAUCAGUGAUUGCAUCAAUGGAUCUUUUUCAUGCGUUUUGACCAUCAGACUAGUAAUGAAGAGAAAUUAAUUUUGAAGACCCAGAAAGAGUAGAGAAAGAGUACUAAUGUAAAAGGAAACUACAAAAAUUCCUGGAAUAAGAGACAUGCCCAAAGAACUUCAGCUCAAAAGUAUGACCUGGUUUUUGUAAUAAUCAUAAUAAAGUCGUAAUUUUCAUACAGAAAUCAUCCUUUAUUGUAUUAAAACUUAUUUGUACCUUUCAAGAUAUGCCAACCAGUUUUAUCAUAAUUUGACCUUGUUAAAAUUAUAAUUAAAUUCUAAUUAAACCAAA